AUGUACAUCAAGUCAAUUGUUCUUGAGGGAUUUAAAUCCUAUGCCCACAGGACAGAAGUUUGUGACUUUGACCCAUUUUUCAAUGCCAUUACUGGUUUGAAUGGUAGUGGCAAGUCCAAUAUCUUGGACUCAAUCUGUUUCCUGUUGGGAAUCAGCAAUCUGACACAGGUGCGAGCUGUCAGCCUUCAAGAUCUUGUUUAUAAAGGUGGGCAAGCUGGAAUUGCUAAAGCAACUGUGUCCGUUACCUUUGAUAAUUCUGACAAGAGAGUAAGUCCACUGGGAUUUGAAGCUAGUGAUGAGAUCACCAUCAGUAGGCAGAUUAUCAUUGGAGGUAGAAAUAAGUAUCUUAUCAAUGGUGUGAAUGCUGCCUGCAGUCGUGUGCAGGAUCUCUUCUGUUCUGUUGGACUCAAUGUCAAUAACCCUCACUUCCUCAUUAUGCAGGGACGAAUUACCAAAGUUCUAAAUAUGAAGCCACCAGAGAUUUUAGCUAUGGUUGAAGAAGCAGCUGGUACUAGGAUGUAUGAAUGCAAGAAAACAAUUGCCCAGAAAACCAUAGAGAAGAAGGAAGACAAACUGAAAAACAUUCAAAAGGUCUUAGAUGAGGAGAUCGGUCCAACUUUACAUAAACUGCGAGAGGAACAAUCAUCCUAUUUAGAAUACCAAAAAACAGUACGAAAAAUAGACCACUUCAGCCGCUUCUAUACAGCUUAUCAGUUUGUUCUGGCUGAAAAGACAGAGCAGUCUUCUGCUGAAGCAUUGAAGGAAAUGCAGGCUGAUGUAGAGAAGUUUCGGGAAUCAAUAGCUGAAAGUGAAAAGAAGGUGAGCCAACUUAAUGAAGAAAUAGCGGAGAUGGAAAAGAAAAGGGAUGAGGAAGUUGGUAGUGUGCUCCAUUCACUGGAGGAUGCUUUUUCAGAAAUUCAAAGAGUUAAUGCUAAAGCUCAAAGUGCCCUUGAUCUCAAUAAGCAAAACUUAAAAAAUGAAGAGAUUAAACACAAAGAACUGGUAAAAAGAAUGCAGGAGGAUUCUAAAACUCUGGUGUCAAAGGAGAAAGAAGUAAAUAAGAUCGAGAAAGAACUAAGUGCUUUACAGGAAGCAAGUGAAAAAGAUGCAGAUGCUUUAGCUGCAGCACAAAAGCAUUUUAAUGCUGUGUCUGCUGGCUUGUCCAGCAGUGACGAUGGAGAAGAAAAUACUCUUGCUAGGCAGAUGAUGACCUGCAAAAAUGAAAUCAGCAAAGCAGUAACAGAGGCUAAACAGAUUCAAAUGAAGUUGAAUUAUGCACAACAAGAAUUAAAGGCAAAACAAGCUGAAGUUAAAAAGAUGGAUGGAAGCUACAAGAAAGACCAAGAAGCACUUGAAGCUAUCAGAAAAACGAAAGAAAAACUAGAGAACGAAAUGAAGAAGCUGAACUACGAAGAGAAAGAAGAAGACCUUUUAGCAAAAAAGAAGAUACUGGAUUGUGACAUCAGCCGGCUCAGAGAAUUAUGUGAACAUUUAAUGGCAAAGUUUCCUUAUCUACGCUUUGAAUACAAAGAUCCAGAAAAAAAUUGGAAUCCAAACCACGUGAAAGGUUCUGUUGUGUCUCUUAUCACUGUGAAAGAUCAGUCCAAAGCAAAAGCCCUAGAAGUCGUGGCUGGAGGGAAACUCUAUAACAUUGUUGUGGACACAGAGGUUGCUGCCAAAAAGCUUUUAGAAAAGGGUGAACUAAAGCGUCGAUACACCAUGAUUCCACUAAACAAAAUUUCAGCCAGGUGUGUUGAACCAGACAAGGUCAAGUUGGCCCAAACCUUGGCUGGUCAUGAUGACUUGCAUUUAGCCCUUUCUCUGAUUCAAUAUGAUCCUGAACUGCAGAAAGCAAUGGAAUAUGUCUUUGGAACAGCACUAGUCUGUGAUAACAUGGAUAAUGCUAAGAAAGUGUCCUUUGACAAAAGGAUAAUGGCAAGAAGUGUUACACUUGAUGGAGAUUCAUUUGACCCCCAGGGCACGCUGCAUGGAG